UGGAUGAGUUGCUUGGAUAGUCGCUCGGAUAGGCAAAAAGUAUCGCGGUCGGCAUAGAAAAAGGAAGAAAGGCGUAGUAAUUAUUAUAAAAAGUAUCGGGAACUAGUUUAAUGCGAAGAGGACAUUGUCGUGAACGUGUCCUUUCGUUUCAUUUCGAUUUCGAUUUCGAUUUCGAUUUCGAUUUCGAUUUCGAUUUCGAUUUCGAUUUCGAUUUCGAUUUCGAUUUCGAUUCACCCGGGACAGAUCGUAUCGUGAAGAAAAACAGAGGGACAAGAAAAAUGCGAACAAGCGAACGAAUCGUUCACGUAUCGUUGGACGAGAGGAAUCCGCGCUAGCGCGAUCGGUCUCGAUCCUAUCGGUCGGCGAAUUUAUCUCGUUCGAUCGAUCGAUCGAUCGAUCGAUCGAUCGAUCAAUCAAUCGAUCAAUGAGCAAGCGUGGCUCGAUGGGAAACGAGCGGCUGCUCAACGAUCCGCGUCUAUCCCCGAAGCCGUCUGAAAGGAGAAAUCAGUGAAAGAUAAAAAGAGAAGAGGAAAGAAAAUCAGAGCGAGAAGAAGAGAGACAGAGAGAGGAAUCGGGAGGAGCGAGGAUUGAUCACGCGAGUGGGAAAUCGGUGACCAAAAGACAUUUCGCAACGAUGCGACUCGUUGACCAGCUUCUGCUUCUUUCCCUUCUUUUGCUGGGUAAUCGGGUCGAGGCUAUUUUACCCAAGGUCGCAAACCCCUUGUCUUCCGUUUGGUGGAGUUUUUACUCUCGAUCUGCCACUGCUGCCACCGCCGCCUCGAAUUCCUUAUUUCCUAUCACCGCCACCACUACCGCUUCCACUUCUACUUCCAUCUCCCCCUCUUCAAAGUUCGAAGAAGAGAAUUGCGCUGGGUGUUCGACGCAAAACAAAAUUACCCUAUUGGUCAACGAUCCGAUUUUAACGGAGUUAAGGGUCGAGUACGUGAAACAGCAAAUUCUCAAGAAACUACGACUCUCGAAGCCACCCGAGAUAUCCAUGUCGCUCUCGACCUUGCCGAAGCCUCUGAUAAAUGGUCGUGUGCUCGAACUUCGACCCGGUACACCACUCGAACCGGAAAGAUCGGUUGACAGUUUCUACGGAAAAACCGAUCAAAUUGUCGUUUUUCCAAACGAAGGAAUUGCCGAUUCGAAAAAAUGUCGCCAGAAAUCGAACCACUUGACGGGCUUCAAUCCUGCCGCUUGUUUCACCUUUUACUUGCCAAACGAAAUGCAGUUUGUAGACGUGACUUCGGCACAAUUAUGGUUUUACAAAGAACACGACGAGAACGACGAUCUGAAUCAAACAUUCGUGCUAUCGGAACUUGAUCACUGGGAUCUGGACAGAAGUUUCGAAAAGAACACGAUCGUAGCGAUCUUCGAAACAGAUAUCGGAGAGGGAUGGGUAAAAGCCGACGUGAGCUUUACGUUGAAGAAGUGGGUGGAGGAACUUCGGUUGAACCAAGCGAUUCAGAUAGCCUGUAGCACCUGCUCUAUUGACCGAGACACCGCACCAGUCUCUAUUCAGCAGACUUUGAAACCUUUUCUGGUGAUACACACGUCGCCAUUGCCGCAGAAAAACAGACCUAAGAGAAACUCAAAUUGCCUGCCGGAAAUGAAAGAAUGCUGCAGAGACGAACUGUACAUCAAUUUCGAAGAUAUCGGUUGGAACGACUGGAUUCUUCAUCCGAGCGGCUAUCACGCCUACUUUUGUCGAGGCUCUUGUUCCUCCGCAGCAUCUUUGACCAUCACCGGAUCACCCUACAGCAACGUAAUCAGAAAAUUGUUGGCUAGAAGCGGUAACACGAUGCAUCGUAAAGGCGAAAUCGUUCCGUGUUGUUCGCCCACCCAAUUAUCACCGAUUCAGCUGCUCUACGUCGAUUCUAACAAUACGAUUACGCAAAAAACAUUGCCAAACAUGGUGGUAGAAGCCUGUGGUUGUAUGUGAUUCGUUGUUUUCAAACAACGAUCGUAUAUCUUUUUCGAAUGAUUCGAAAAUUCCUCGACGCAAGUACGCGUCGCAACGAUAUACAUACUGUGUGAAACGAUCUUAUCGUUAAAGACAUUUCGGUAAAUGUAGAGAGACGCGGGUGUACGACCAUGUGCGAACGAGCGAAACAGUAUUCAUCUUCUAUCUACGUACAUAAGUAAGUACUUAGGUGUAUGUAUAUACGGUUGCCGUCGAACCGUGCUCCUUUAACCUGGCAACCGUUUUACAUUUAUCAUAAAUGUAAUCUACCUGAAAUGUAAUCGUGCUCGUCGAUCAAAUUUAUUUAUUAUUCGAUCAAACUCACCUUCGUCAUACCUAAGUACCUACCUUUUUAUACAUUCGAACGGAUCAGUCGACCAGAUUUUUAUUUCAUCGGAUAUCAUCGACUUUUAUCUUCGUUUUCACGUGUCAUUUCACGUAUGUAUAAUGUAUAUUCCAAUCAUUUACGGUUCCCGUGUUCGAACGGGCAACUUGGAUAAUUAAUAAUUACCAAUCGUCGCAUAAUCACGAACGAAGCUUUGUGUGAUAAUUUCUCUCUUGCUGGGCUACGUAUUACAUACUUACGAUUCUUCUAUGAAUGUGGUUUCUCCAAGAAAUGGCACAGAAGAAAAUAGCACUGGUAGUAGAUCCUCCGAGAAACAUUCUGCGCUUUCUUGCUUUACCUAUUACCCUACGAAAUAACAAAUACAUAUAUUUUUUCAAAUCAAA